AUGUCUUAUAGAGUUUUUGGUUGCAAGGCUCUUGUAGUAUUCAAGGUUUCUUGGUUCUGUCAUUCUUCAUGUAUAUUAAAAGAAGUUUUAAAAACAAUAACUUCAAAAAUCGAUAAAAUGAUUGCAGAAGACAUACCAAUUUUGCAAGAAAUAAGUAAUGAAGAAACUGGUGAUGAAUAUAAUGAAGAGAUUUCUAUAAUUAAGACAAAACAAACUACACCAUAUGUCAUAAUCGAUAAUAAUUAUGAAAAAAUACGAUACUAUAAUAGAGAAUCUGCUAAGAGAUUGCAAGAAUUAAUUGGUAUCUGGAAAAUUGACAAAGAUGCUAUUAAUGAUGUUAAUAAAGAACUUUAUCAUCCUGAUAUAUGUUCAAGACAUUUUAAUUAUAAUCAAAAUACUGUGUAUAGCAAAAAUUUAAAAAAUGAACACUCAACUGAAAAAAGUGAAAUCAAUUGUCAUAUUUGUUUUGUCUGCAAAAAAAAGAAGUUUUUUUUUAGUUGUAGAACAAGCUAUAUAGAACAUACAUAG